UCUGCUAAACCCUAGCCCUCUCACCUUAUAUCUUCAAAAACUCUCACGUUCCCUACUUUGCUCGCUGCGCCUCCUUCCUACGCACCUGCAAUUAAAACCCUGAAUUCCCAAUCUGAUUAUCUGAAAGCUAACCAUGCCGCCGAAGUUCGACCCAAGUCAGGUGGUGGACGUUUUCGUCAGGGUCACCGGAGGUGAGGUCGGAGCAGCUUCAUCUCUUGCUCCAAAGAUUGGUCCACUUGGUCUCUCUCCUAAGAAGAUUGGUGAAGACAUUGCUAAGGAAACAGCCAAGGACUGGAAGGGUUUACGUGUCACUGUUAAGCUUACUGUCCAGAAUCGUCAGGCUAAGGUCUCGGUAGUUCCUUCUGCCGCUGCUCUUGUCAUUAAGGCAUUGAAGGAACCUGAGCGUGACAGGAAGAAGACGAAGAAUAUCAAGCAUAGUGGGAAUAUUUCUCUGGAUGAUGUGAUUGAGAUUGCUAAGGUAAUGCGGCCUAGAUCGAUGGCUAAGGAUUUGAGCGGUAGCGUGAAGGAGAUAUUGGGUACUUGUGUGUCGGUUGGGUGUACUGUCGAUGGGAAGGACCCGAAAGACCUCCAGCAGGAGAUUACUGAUGGUGAAGUCGAGAUUCCUCUUGAUUGAAUGGAAUGAAGGAAUCGGUAAUUGUGCUUUUUUUUUUUCUUAAAAUGUUGCUCCAGAUUCUGGGUUUUUGUUCAAGGGCAAUAGCAAGUUCUAUGAAUUAUUGAAGUUUUAUAUGAAUGAGGAGAUGUAAUAUUUAUUAUUUUA